UUCUAAUUUCUCCAUAAAAUUUAUAAUUGAGAGAAUUAAAGCAAAAGAAAGAAAAAAAAACGUAAUGGAAGUUAAGGGAGAAAGAAUAUUGGGAACAGUGAUUCCAUUUUUGGCGAUGGUGAGCAUGGAAGGUUGCACGAUUGCAUUAACAAUAUUGGCUAAAACAGCCAUUACUUAUGGAAUGUCUACUUUUGUUUUUGUUGUCUAUACAAACGCUGUUGCUUCCAUCAUUCUUCUUCCUUAUUCCUUCAUCUUUCAUUACAACCACAGAAUGGAAUAUCAACAAUCUUUGUUUUCCUUUCCUCUUCUUCUCCGAGUCUUCCUCUUGGGUUUCACUGGGAUAUGUAUAUCUCAGAACCUAGCAUUUUUGGGCCUAAGCUACAGCUCUCCAAUUGUUGUAUGUGCAAUGGGUCUUAUGCUUCCAGCCAUUUCCUUCAUACUCUCAAUCCUUCUCGGGAGGACAAAAAUAGAGUGGAAAAAUCCCAACUUUAUUACAAAGGUAGUUGGGACAGUUAUAUCAGUUAUAGGAGCUACAUGUGAAGAGCUAUACCUAGGGCCAGUUGUACGGCAACAUCCAUCUUCUUCUACACAUUUACAAUUCAAACAGAAGCUUUUGGUGUUUACUUCAACCACAGAUCGUUGGAUUUUUGGUGGCCUUCUAUUAGCAGCUGCCACUUUAUGUGUCUCAAUAUGGAACAUUAUUCAGUUGGGAGUUAUAAAACAAUACUCACAAGUGAUGAAAGUUGCCUCAUUUUAUAGUUCAGUGGGCACAUUACUCUCAACAAUUGUGGCUUACUUUGUUGUCAAUGAUUCAAGUGCUUGGACAAUCAAAUCUAACUUCGACCUCUUUCUCAUUAUUGCAACUGGAACUUUUAGCGGUUUGAUUCGAAACCGAGUGCAAAUUUGGUGCAUGCAAAAGAAAGGGCCAUAUUACGUGCCCAUGUUCAAGCCUUUUGGCAUUCUUUUUGCUACCUUCUUUGGCGUCACCUUCUUUGGCGACACUUUUCAUUACGGAAGUGUGAUGGCAGCAUUUAUAGCUGGAAUGGGGUAUUUGACAGUAUUGUGGGGGCAAAUUAACGAAGAUCGUGGAGUAGGAGAAGACAAAGAUGGUGACAAGAAUAAUGAUGAUUUGUCUUCAGCUAAAGUUCCACUUCUUGAUGAAGAAUCAGAAGUGUAAAAGAAACUAAAAAUAUCUAAGAUUGAUGAUCAGAAAACAGUUAUUUUUGAAUGAAAUUCUGAUCAGAAUUAGGAAGGCCUUUCGCUUUCUUAUUAGAAUCUCUCUCAAUCUUUGGAGUUGAGAGCAACUGUAUAUAAUUAUCAUUGUACUGUGUGCUAUUUAAUGGGAUGCUUCUUCGUUGGUUUUCAAUGUAAUGGUAUGAUCCUUUUCUAUUUAUAAUAUAUUAUCAUUCAUCCA